CUAUAUUCCGUGUCAUGGCGGAUUAAACUACAUGAUUUUCUGUGACGUUUCUGAUAAAAUAAUAAUAAAAAGAUAAUAACGAGUCGGACGGCACGUAUAUCGCCGCCAUAUUUUUACUUAUCUAGGACUGUAGAGAUUUGUACCACUCUGGUAGUUGGUAGAGAGAUUAUAGAGACCAGAGAAAUCUCUCUUUGUAGAUAGUGAUUAAAGAUGGGUGCUAUGAUUUUAUUGAUCGUGGCAUUAAUCAGUGGCUGUCUGGCCAAUGGUGGACAACUUGAUCUACGCAUGCCUAAUGUGAAACCGCAACACAAAGACACGUAUUUGUGCUUUACAACCAAACUCAACAAUUCCUUAUAUAUAACUGGAUUUGAACCACAUGCAAAGAUGCAGACUGCCCAUCAUAUGUUACUAUAUGGUUGUAAAUCACCUGGAAAACAAGACAAAGUGUGGAAUUGUGGGGAGAUGGCGGCAUCAGCCAACAGUAAAUAUAGUUCUGGUCCCACGUGUUCUUCUGGUACUAAGAUCAUCUUUGGUUGGGCAAUGGAUGCACCUAGCUUAGUACUUCCAAAAGAUGUAGCUUUUAAGGUUGGUGGUGACAGUGAUGUAGAUUACCUGGUAUUACAGGUUCAUUAUAAAGAUGUUUCCAAAUUCCUCCCACCCAGCAAAGAGACGGAUAGCUCUGGACUAACUCUUACAACAACAACGACCCCAUUACCUAAAACAGCAGGUAUCUAUUUACUUGGAUCAUCGGGUACUUUACCCAGAAACUCUGUAGAAUACAUGGAGACAGCAUGUAAAUUUGAUGAAGAUGUGACAAUUCAUCCGAUGAGCUUCAGAACACACACCCAUGCACUGGGACGCGUUGUAUCUGGCUACAGGAUACGAGAUGGUGAAUGGACCGAGAUUGGCCGCAAGAGUCCACAAAAACCACAGACGUUCUACAAUGCAACAACGCCUAACAUAUCUGUAAAGAAAGGUGAUAUUUUGGCAGCCCGGUGUACUUACGAAAAUACGAAAGACCACCCGGUAAAUAUAGGGCCCACAGCUGACGAUGAGAUGUGUAACUUCUAUAUGAUGUACUAUGUUGAUGGUGACAAGACAGCUGAAAGAAAAUACUGUUUCAAUUCCGGACCUCCAUACUACUCUUGGGAUAAUUUCGACGAAGGUGAUAUGAACCUGGAAGCUAUCCCUGAAACUGCCAGCACUGAUCCCGAGGGUAAGAAAUGGACACGAACUGGUGACAGCACAGAUGAACAAUGGGGAGAGCAAUCUAUGGAUGAAAGAGACACUGAUGAUCUAUUGAGUUAUAUUCGCUACCUCGCAAGUCUGACACCAAACCGAGAAUCCCAAGAUCUAUAUGACAAUUAUUGAUGAAUAAAACAUAAUUUAUGGGGAUCUGUUCUAGUCAUUGUUAUAAUAUACUGCUAUCGUAUGUUAUCAUGUGUUAUUUGUCAUGUAAAUCGUUUUCUUUUAAGAUAUUUUCCUUUUUAAAAACCAUGGUUCUUCUGGUGGACCAUAUUCCCGAAGCAAUGGGAUUAGGUCUAAGCAAACGAAACACGGCGAGGAGUAUGCUGGUGGACGGGCAAUAUUAAAUCACACGCUUAAAGUCUUUAUUUGGCUUUUACUGCAAUAAAAUUCAUAUCCUAUACUACUUUAUCAACCGGGAGCAACUGGCUAUUCGAAAAAAUAAUAUUUAGGUCUACACAUUCGUAAUCAAACAAAUUUUAAUAUGAUUACAGCACAAAUUAUGAAAGGAAUAUAUCUUUAAAUAAAUAUGAAAAUUUGUAUUAUUAUUAUUAUUAUUAUUAUAACGAUUGUUUGUUUAUUUCCCCAUAUGUACAUGAUUAUUGCUAUCGUCAUAUUCGUUUUAAUCUCAAGGGGAGAGGAAGGUGGGGGGGGGGAUUUUGUGAUUCCGGAUUUGUAAAUAGACAAUUUUAAAAAAGCGAAAAAAAAUCGGAUAUUGUUAUUGUAUAGUAUUCUCAAAAUCUUCCCUUUGUCAAUUGCUUUCUCAUAGGUAUACCUUUAUUAUUGAACACACCUGGGGAUGGGGUAAAUUUACUUUCAAAGACCUGCCAGUGGUAAGAUGUCUGACAGUGGUCGGGAAACAGUUCCUUGUAUGCUAUAUCAAUUUCGUACAUUAAUAAUUCGACACUGCAUCUUUAAUGAAAUCAUAAACCAUGCACCCUAAAAUUAACUCAUAAAUGUAUUUUGUGUAUUUGGAAUUGCCAGAACUUUCUUCUGGUGUUAUCGGGAUUCUAUUUUCACAUGGUGGUGGCGAGUCAGUGAGUUAUAACAUGGGGUUAUAUACCAUGACGAUAUUUAAGGUUUCUAGAUUUGUCUGGUGUGGGGGGAGCGAGGAACCGGGGGCGGGGGUAUCAUUUCUGUGGGUCCAUACAUAAACUGAUGGGAAAAAGACUUUCAAAGUUUCAAUGAUCAAUUGUCUUAUAAAUGGAAUUAUGACAAUGUACUAGCAUAAAUGCAAUUAACCUAUUUUUACUAUGGGAUAUCAAGUUUAUUUAUGUGCGGACCCACAGAAUUGGCAAUACUGUGGGAUUAUGUUUUGAUGGUUUUUGUUUUGGUGGAAAUCAUGAUUAAAAAGGUGCUGAACGUAUAAAUAAUUAACUUUACUUAUUUGUUGUUGUGACACUAUGUGAUAUACAUAAGGCAAUAGCUAUUUUUUCAAACUGUCAGUAAAUGAUCUGUGUUACAUCAAACAACUAUUGUAGUACAUACUAUAAAAUAAUUUGUGUAAAAUAAAAACUCUUGAAUAUCAAGAUCGGACAGGCACAUUUGCUUCGAGGCGUCACUGAAACUGUUGUAAAUAAUUAUUCAAUGAUCUCAGAAUAUUUCGAUUUCGAUUAUCUCCCUUUGGAAACAUCAGGCAUGAAAAGGAUAAUUGUGGUAUUAAUAUCAUUUAUUAAACACACCGAAAUAUUAUAAAUAAUGUUACUGUUUUAUUUUUGAAUCAAUAAACUAUUCGGCUGUU